AUGACGUUGGAAAGGAGAUGCGAUUCGCGGCUCGGAGGGAGCAAGGCAGUGGGAGCUACUUGGAGAUUAACUGGCGGCGCGGCGAGGCGUUGGGGGGGAGGACGCAGGGCGGGUCCCGUGCCGCUAUACUCUUACGGGUUACGUGAUGCGUGGCAGCGCGAGACCGGUCGCCGCACGCCGCUCUCAUUCGCUCGCGCAGCAGGUGGCUCGGACGUGAGUCGUGUCGCACUUGCUUCACGCUCUUACGCCCUGUGCUCGUCAGCCCUCGCGUCACAUGCUCUUGAGCUCGCGGCGCUGGUGUCCCGUCUCGCCCUGGCGUCAGUCCUCGCCUCCCACCGAGGCUGUGUCAACACAGUCGCCUUCACCCCAUCCGGCGCCCAUCUCCUCUCGGGCUCAGACGACCAGCGCAUUGUGCUCUGGGACUGGGCCGCGGCCAGGGAGGUGCUCAAGUGGCGCUCGGGCCAUGGCAACAACGUGUUCCAGGCGCGCGCCCUGCCGUGUGGGAACGACCGGACUAUUGUCACGUGCGCUGCUGAUGGCCAGGUGCGAGUGAGUCUGCUGUCGGAGAGUGCAGCGGUGGGCACGGUGCGGCUGGCGAGGCACAGGGGGCGGGCACACAAGCUGGCCGUGCUGCCACACUCGCCACUCUGCUUCCUCAGCUGCGGGGAGGAUGGGGUUGUGCGGCAUGUGCGUGGGGAGAACCGGGGGAGAAGGACGAGGGAAAGGAGGGGAGGGGGCCCGGGGAUUUUGUUCGACCUACGAGCCCCAAAGCCCAGCACGCGAGUCCUCACAGUGACCACCACACCCGCCAUGCGAGCACGGCAGCCCCUGCCGCUCAACGCUGUUGCACACAAUCCCGCCCGCCCGCACCUCUUUGCUGUGGGUGGAGCGGACGAGUUCGCCCGUGUCUACGAUUUGAGGAGGUGCAUGGCCCGCCGUACCGUUCCCACCCCUGCCACCCCUAUCGCCUGCGCCUGUCCCUCGCCCGUGGAAACCUUUGCACCGCCCCACCUCAUCAACACCAACCGUGACCGCCUGCGCCCUCCUGUGCACAUAACAUGUGUGGCCUACUCGCCACACGACGAGCUGCUAGCCUCAUACAACGACGAGCUCAUCUACCUCUUCCACCCACACCACUCCCUCGGCCCCGACCCCCUCUCCAUGCCCACUGCCACUCGCACCACUGGCUUCCGGGCUUUAAGCACCGCCACCAGCAGCAGCGGCGGCGGCGGCAGCAGCGGCAGUGGUGGUGGGAUUGGCAAGGGCAGGAGUGGGGGGGGCAGCAGCAGAAAGCGGGUUGUGAGCAGUUUUGGUGGGGAUUGGAGUGUUGGGGGCAGGGGCAGCAGCGGACAAAGUCGCAGUGGUGAUGAGAGGUUAGGUGCUGGUGGGGAAGGUGGCAGCGGUAGCAGCAGUGGUGGUGCUGCUGCUGCUGCAUCUUCUCCUGCUACUCCUGGUGAUGGUUCGAGUGAAGCUCGUCCUCGUCGUCUUUCCUGGCUGCAGCGCACGUUUCAUACUGCCUCAGGGGCAGCGUCUGCCUCUGCUGUCGCACCACUUGCUGAUGCAUGUGCUGCUGAUGGUGUCGGUACUGCUGCCGCUGCUGCUGCUGCUGCUGCUGCUGCUGCAAGGGAUGGAAUGGAGGAGGCAGUGGUGCGUGGCAGGGGAGAAGAGGGGGAUGGAGGAGCAAGAGAGAUGGGAGAUAAGAGGAGACGAGAGUGUGAUGCUACAGGGGAUGAUAGGGGUAGUAGAGAGGGUAAUAGGAGGGAAGGAGGUGAGCAGAUGGAAGAGAGUGAUGCGAGGGAGAGGGACAAGGGUGAGAGGGAUGAGGGUGAGAGGGAUGAGGGGGAGAUGUGGGGCGAGCGAACGCACGUAGCUCAAGGAAGGGUAGGGUACGGACAGGUGGGCAGGGAGGGGCAGGGAGUAGCACACAUGGCAGAAAACGAUGAGGAGGAAGGUGAGGAGCAGGAGGAAGAGGAAGGGGAAGAGGAGGAAGCAGCGGGUGCGUAUGGGGACAGGAUAGAGGUGUAUUCAGGGCACCGCAACGAGAAGACGGUGAAGGGCGUGUCGUUCUUUGGGCCGCGCUGCGAGUACGUGGCGAGUGGGUCGGACUGCGGACAUGUGUUUCUGUGGAGGAAGGUUGGGGGGCAGCUCGUGGCCAUGAUGCCUGGCGACGUGCAUGUGGUCAACUGUCUAGAGCCCCACCCAUCAGCCACCAUCCUCGCCACCAGUGGCAUCGAAUCAACGGUCAAGAUCUGGGCUCCAACAGCAACAUCCCCCAAGGGCCUGCCAUCCAACGCACAGAGCGUCAUGGAGGCAAACAAGCGGCGGCGCGAGCAGCCCUUUGGCGUGCCCAGAAUGGCUGCGGAUGUGGAGAUCCCGAGGCUGCGCCUGCAGCGCCAGCACGCCCAGCUGAUGGGGCAGGACCGAGUGGCAACUUUUGGCAGCUUGCUGGCGCUUGCUACUGCUGUGGGUAGGCGGGGGGAGAGGAGGGGGGGUGGAGAGGGAGGGGAGAGGGAAGUAGGGAGGGAAGGGGGGAGGCGGGGGAGGGAGGGGGGAGCGGUGGAUGAGGGGAGGGAAGGGGAGGGUGCGAGGAGUAGGAGGAGGGUUAUGAGUAACGGGGGUGGUGGUGGUGGUGGUGAUGGUGAUGGGGAUGGAAGUGAUGGUGGUAUUGUUCUCGGCGGAAUCAUAACCUACAGAGCUGAUAUUCUCUUCCACCCGCUUGCUAUGUCCGCUGCGCGGCUUACACCGAAGCAAGCGCGCACGCUCAUGGCGGCGUGCAUGGCGGCGCCGGUGGUCGUUUUCGCGGUUCGUCUCGCCCUCACGGACGACGUGCGCGACCCGUUCCGCAUGUACCGCAAACUCGAGUCCCCCUCCGCGGAUGCUGACGCGGGAGCUCCGCCUGCUAGCUCCGCACACAGCCUAGGAGCAGCAGGCGGGAGCGGAGAGACGGGAAACCGAUAG